ACUGUCAUUGUCAUGUCACUGUCAGAGAAGCUUGUUGAUAUUCGUGAAUGGCUUCAAAAUUUUAUAAAACAUUUUGUAUACUUUCUAACUAAUAUAAUUGUUUAUGAACUCUUGGUUAUGAGGAUGCUUUUGAAUUUGAACAGGAAUUACGUAUUUACAAUUUACUUAACCAUAAUUAGACCUGGUUUAGUUGCGUCACAAGCGAAUAUGUCUUCGGGAAGUAUUGAUGCAGAUAAAUAUUCCGUAGCAUAUGUGACAGUGCCAAGUACAGAUGUCGGAAAGACAAUUGGACAUGGAUUAGUUAAGAAUAAGCUUGCUGCUUGUGUCAACAUUGUACCCCAAGUUACCUCAAUAUAUGAAUGGAAGGGAGAGAUCAAUGAAGACAGUGAGGCGCUGUUAAUGAUAAAGACUCGUACAUCUAUGGUUGACAAACUGACAGAAUUCGUCCGCUCCAAUCAUCCAUAUGAAGUUUGUGAAGUCAUAUCUUUGCCUAUAAAGAACGGUAACCCACCGUACUUGAAAUGGAUCGGUGAAACAGUACCAGAAAAUUUAUAAAACUGAUUUGUUUAAAUAUAUCUUGUCUUUUCAUAACCGUAGAGAUUCCACUGUUGUGUAAUUUGUAUUAAUAUAUUUUGAAGUAAAAUUACACAAUUAAAUAGGACUUAAUUGUUACUCAAACAACGCAUUUAUUGUAAAAAUUAGUUACCUUUGCG